GUGGGAAAAAUAAGAGAAAAGCUGAUGUGGCAUGCUGAUUAGGCUGUUUGUAGAAAGGAUAACCUUUCACUGAUACGGAUAGUCUAACUCAAACACCCUUUAGGACCAAAUCUGCAAUAUUUGCAAAGCCAUUUAACUCAUUUAUUUAUUUAUUUUUAGUUUUGACGAAGGCGUGGUUAAAAUUGGGGGCGGGAAGCAAAGGAGGAAAAGCUUGUCACAUACGAUUCAGACCUUCGUCUUCUCCAACGAAAAUGGCACGAAACAAGGAAGGAUUGGUUUUAUUGAUUGAUGUCAGUCCAUCAAUGCACAGUGUCUUGCCGGAGAUUCAGAAAGUUUGCUCUUUGCUGAUACAGAAGAAGCUGGUUUACAGCAAGUACGAUGAAGUAGGAGUUGUUGUAUUUGGAACCAAAGAUACCAAAAAUGAUUUGACAGCAGAAGUAGGUGGAUAUGAACACGUAACAGUUUUGCAGCCGAUCAAAGUUGUGGAUGGAGAUCUUGUUGAUGUGGUACAACAACUUCCUCGAGGAACUGUUCCUGGAGAUUUUAUGGAUGCAAUUGUUGUGGGGAUGGAUUUGCUAAUCAAGAAGUUUCAAGAAACAAUCAAGGGUAAAAAACGUAUCUGUCUCGUUACUAAUGCAAUGUACCCCAUCAAAGAUCCAUACGAAGGUACAAAAGAAGAUCAAGUCCUUACCCUCGCCGAGCAGAUGGCGGUACACGGCAUGAAAAUUGACUGUAUCAUUUAUAGAGGAAACCAGAAACGGGACCCACAUGAGAAUAACGUCAUCGAGAAAAACGACAUGCUGCUGAGUAUAUUUUCAAAGAAAACAAAAGCAAAAGCUGUGCAUGUUGAAAGUUCAACUUCAUUGUUGGGUGCAUUAAGGACCCGUAAUGUAACUCCUGUAACCAUAUACAGGGGUGAUCUUGAAAUAAGCUCGGCAUUUAAGAUAAAGGUUUGGGUCUACAAGAAAACAUCUGAAGAGAGAUUCCCGACUCUUAAAAAGUAUUCUGAUAACGCACCUUCAACUGAUAAAUUUGCCACUCAUGAAAUUAAAUUAGAUUACGAGUACAAAAUUGUUCAAGAUCCUAGUAAAGUUGUGCCUCCAGAACAAAGGAUAAAGGGAUAUAGAUAUGGACCGCAAGUGAUUCCUAUCUCGUCUGCAGAACUUGAUGCCGUGAAAUUCAGACCGGAAAAAAGCGUGAAACUUUUAGGGUUCACAAAUGCUUCAAAUAUUAUGCGACACUACUACAUGAAAGACGUCAACAUCUUUAUCGCUGAUCCGGGCAACAAAAAGGCGAUUCUUGCGGUUUCUGCAUUAGUAAGAGCGAUGAAGGAAAUGAACAAAGUUGCUAUUUUGCGGUGUGUUUGGAGACAAGGACAAUCAAAUGUUGUUAUAGGAGUCUUAACUCCAAACGUAUCUGACAAUAAUAAUAUCGCAGAUUCGUUCUACUUCAAUGUACUUCCUUUUGCUGAAGAUGUUCGAGAGUUUCAGUUUCCAUCUUUUAGCAGCCUUCCGGCAUCACUGCAGCCGAGUGCAGAACAGCAAGAAGCUGCUGAUAAGUUGGUUAUGAUGCUGGAUCUAGCGCCAGCUGGCACGGAGGAAUCUUUAAGGCCUGAAUUCACCCCAAACCCUGUUUUGGAGCGAUUUUACCAUCAUCUUGAACUGAAAUCAAAGCAUCCAGAUACAGCUGUACCGCCACUCGAUGAAUCUCUCAAAAGAAUAACAGAACCUGAUCCUGAAGUAAUAUCUAAAACGAAGCUCGUGAUUGAUGAUUUUCGAAGACAUUUUGAACUAAAAGAGAAUCCUAAGUUGAAGAAAUCGACCAGGCGGUUAUUGAAGGACAAAAGUUCCGGAUCGUAUGAAAACCAGUCAACUGAUUUAAUAGCCUCUACAUCUGAAGUCAAAGUCGAGACAUUGGGAGAUUUGACUACAGUAUCGGAUUUUGAAGCUAUGAUAUCUCGCAGAGAUAGCCCGGAAUGGGUUAGUAAAGCGAUAUUCGCUAUGAAAAAUAAAAUAUUUGAUCUGGUGGAGAAUUCCUUUGAAGGGGAUAAUUAUCCAAAGGCUUUAGAGUGUUUAAUUGCUCUUAGAAAGGCUUGUGUCAUUGAACAAGAACCGAAGCAAUUCAACAACUUUCUGAGCCAUGUUUGUAGAUUCUGUCAGGAGACAAACCUGUCAAGUUUCUGUGAGUUUCUUGCCUCGAAAGAUGUCACGUUUAUCACCAAAACAGAGGCCGAAGACAGUGAAAUUGAGGAAAAAGAUGCUAGAAGCUUGUUUGUGAAAGCAGAGCCAAGUUCAUAAGUAGGGUGUAACGAGGUUUGUGAUCUUGAAGAUGCACACACUUUGGCAAUGGAAUUAAGUAGCAAAUGUUCAUGAAAAUUUGUGUGUUUUGUAAUUAUAAUGGAUGUUAAAACCGUAAGCGUGUUUAAUAUUUGAAUCUGACUUGAAAAACCCGAAAUUCAAAUCUUUUUUAAAUUCGAAUUCGGUUUCCAAA